AUGUCUUCCUCCUGGACCAGCAGCGGCGCAGCUGGCCGCGAUGCCAACCGGGAACAAUCAGACAUCGCCAUCGUCGGCUCGGACCUCAAGAUUGUUGACUCGGAGCAAGAGCUCCUUGAACCCUACGCCAAGUUCCGCGAAGAGCCAAUCAACGCCCUCCAAGAACUAGGCCUCCAUGUCCUGGGAACAGCAUGGCGCUCCUACGACAAGAUUCUCGGACAGGAGAUCUUCUACCCUGGCUUCUCGGAGCAGAUCAAGGAAAAGGUGCUCAAGCAGCCCAAACUGAGGGAGAAGAUACGCGAAUUGGCGAAGAAGAGAGUGGAGGUGGAGUUGGAGCAGGGACUGCUCGGCAAGCUGGGUGUGGACGGGGAGAACGAUGAGGACAGAGGAAAGAGAUUGGCCAGAAGGACCGAGAUCGAGACACAGUUGCUGGGCGUUGCUGAAGAUUGGACGGAUAAGAUGAUCUGCAAGAUGGAUUCUCGCUACUUCAUCCGUGGAGCAUACUACCUCGCGACCCAACUUGUCACCCGAGCAUACCAUCAGGGAAUACACGUCAGUUCGAGCGAAGUUCUGCAGUUGCGACAGGUUGCGGAAGAUGCUGCCAAGAAGAAGCAGAGCAUCAUCUUCCUACCAUGUCACCGAAGCCAUGUCGACUACGUCUCGUUGCAACUCAUCUGCUACCGCCUUGGACUUGCUCUACCGAUCGUUGUUGCUGGAGACAAUCUCAACUUUCCGCUGGUCGGACCUUUCUUACAACAUGCUGGCGCCAUGUGGAUUCGGAGGAGCUUUGGAGAUGAUCAAAUGUACACGACCCUUGUUCAGAGCUACAUCGAUACCCUCCUGCAGAAUGGUCACAACUUCGAGUGUUUCGUGGAGGGUGGCCGGAGCCGUACCGGCAAGCUUCUGCAACCGAAGUUCGGCAUUCUCAGCUUCUUGCUUGAGAGUGUGCUCUCUGGUAGAGUAGAGGAUGCAAUUGUGUGCCCGGUCAGUACACAAUACGAUAAGGUCAUAGAAGUCGACUCCUACAUCAGCGAACUUCUCGGUCAGUCGAAGAAGAAAGAGGAUUUGGCUUCGUUUCUCUCGGCAUCCAACGUCCUAAGCUUGAAGCUGGGCAGAGUCGAUGUCAGAUUCCACAAGCCAUGGAGCCUGAGGGAGUUCGUGGAAGCACAAAGGGCGAGAUUGCUGCAACGUAGUCUUGGAGAGCCCGACUCUGGAAGUACACUUAAUGAGACGACAUUGAAGAGAAGCUUAUUGAGUACGAUGGGGUACAAGGUGCUUCUGGAGAUCAAUGAGGCAUCUGUGAUCAUGCCAACAGCUCUCGUGGGCACUGUGCUACUCACUUUGAGCGGUCGGAGUGUCGGUCGUACAGAGCUUCUCCGGAGGGUUCUCUGGCUGACUGACCGGAUUCGGAACGCUGGCGGAAGAGUCGCUCAUUUCGCUGAGAGUACGGUCGAAGGCGUUGUUGACAAGGCUCUCGGCGUUCUUGGACCUCAGCUGGUUGGAAGGAUAGAAGAUCUGCCGGAGGAGAUGUACUACGCGGAGGAUCGCUUCCAGCUGUCCUUCUACCGCAACAUGACUAUCCAUCUAUUCAUCUCGCAAGCACUGGUCUGCGCGUCGAUGUAUACAAAGGUAAAGCUUGGCGGUGGACCGGAUAAGGAGAAGAUGAGUUACAAAGAGCUCUAUGACUACACUUACUUCCUCAGUCAGCUGUUCCGAGCGGAGUUCAUCUUCCCUACAACACCCUUUGAGGAGAAUCUGCAGUCGACUCUGACAAGCUUGGUGAACGACAGGGUGCUGUCCGUCUCCCACAGCGAAGACGGCAAGAUCGACACCAUCUCCAUUCAUCCGGAGGAGCGAGCUCUUGACCUCGAGAAUUUCGACUUCUACAACUUCCUUCUGUGGCCGUUUGUUGAAGCUUCUUGGCUUGGAGCAAUCGCGGUAUUCAUGCUCGCUCCUCCGCCAGCGCAUGCAAGCUCGGAAGCUUGGCUGGAUCUGAAGACUUUUCAAGAUAAAGCCCAGCUGCUAGGAAAGACCUUGUACCACCGCGGUGACUUGGUAUACUACGAAGCUGUCAACAAGGAAUCUCUCAAGAACGCAAUUUCCCGAUCAGAAGAAGAAGGCAUCAUCAUCGUGACCAAGCCUACCAAGGACUCAAAAGCUCCUCAGCGAGUGAGGCUGAAUUCGGAAUGGAUGCCGAGCAGAGACCGAGAAGGCCGUUUGAUUGCGGAACGAAGACUCUGGGCCUUCUGCGAAUACAUUAAUUUGAGCAGACGAGACGGCGAGGGCACAAAGGAAGGCGCAACGGUACGUAGGAGGAUUUUAGGCCUGGCGAGUGUGGUUGGCGAGGAAAUGUUUGAGGAGGCUGUGAGUGAGGCCAAUGGUGUACAGACUACGAAGAUCAGGAGAAGACAGGGAAUCAGAACCGGGAAGGAGAGUAGACUGUAG